CAGUCACUAUCCAAAACUCAGAAACUCCUCCAAGCAGCCCCUGGCUCAGCUCAACUCCGGUCACCAUGGCCUGCCUUGCCACCAGCUUCUGUGGAUUCCCCAGCUGCUCCACCGGUGGGACCUGCGGCUCCAGCUGUGGCCAGCCCAGCUGCUGUGAGACCAGCUACUUCCAGCCAAGCUGCUGUGGAAGCAGCUUUGGCAUUGGAGGUGGCAUUGGCUGUGGCCAGGAGGGUGGCUCUGGAUCUGUGAUCUGCCGCACCCGGUGGUGCCGCCCUGACUGCCGCGUGGAGGGCACCUGCGUGCCCCCCUGCUGUGUGGUGAGCUGCACUCCCCCCACCUGCUGCCAGCUGCACCACGCCCAGGCCUCCUGCUGCCGCCCAUCCUACUGUGGACAGUCCUGCUGCCGCCCUGCCUGCUGCUGCUACUGCUGUGAGCCCACCUGCUAAAAGUCAGGUUGCUGAUUCUCCACUGCCCAGGACACAGUAUCUCUGAGCUGUUCAUCUAUCUCUUUGACCAUCUGGGACCACUAUAAGUUCUUGGGCUUCUAUUGGUUUUCUGCUAAGGGUGCCAUCAAGUAAAUGAGCUCAUAUUUCCCUCUGAUUCCAUUUUACAAUGAAUACCCUGACCUUCCACUGUGGACACGGAAGUGCUGCCAGUCCACUUGCUAAUCAUCAAAUUGCUCUGGAAAUACUACUUCUGAUAUUUCGCAGAAUCAAAAAUUACUGACAAGCUUUGGAUUUUUUUCCUGUGAGAACCACACACAGGUCUAACUUUUUCCCUGCUUUGUAAUAUAUAUUUAUCUUCUGUUCACCUAAAUUUUUUCAACAUUCAAAGGCACCAGAGUAUUGCUAAAUGACAUUACUCAGAUGUCACAAGAGAGAAUCUUCACCCAAGAUUCAGCUUCUAAGAAGUAGGCUGGACUUCUCCACCUGCCAACAUCUGAUCCACCCCUUAAUCUCUGGAUCAUAAUCACCCGGCCUGCUGGCUGUUUCAUUGUGUCUUGAUACAGUGCCUUCUGACAUUUUUAAAUAAAUGUUAUAUACUGGGCAAAGAAA